AGCAAGCGUAGUCAUAUAAGUAAAGACAAGUCACAACAGAAAAAAGAAGAACAUAUUUAGCCUCUGUUUGUGUUACAUUGUAUCUACGCUUGAAAACAAAAUAUACCCAAGGGUGCAUAUUUAAAAUGAGACCAACUUUAUAUCAUUUUCCACUUAGUGGACCGUCUAGAGGAGCCUAUCUAGCUGCAAAAGCUGCAGGUGUUGAUGUUGAUUUACAGAUUGUAGAUUUAUUUAAAAAAGAACAGUAUAGUGAGGAAUUUAUUAAGAUUAAUCCUCAACAUACAGUGCCUACAUUAAUUGAUGGAGAUUUCUCUAUUUGGGAUGGUCAUGCUAUAGCAGGAUAUUUAGCGACAGUUUAUGCAAAGGAUGCAAAUUUAUAUCCAAAAGAUCCAAAACGUAAAGCUCUUGUAGAUCAAAGACUCUACUUUGACUGCGGCACUUUAUAUCCUUGUAUUAGACAAAUAUGUUAUCCAAUUCUAUAUAUGGGGGAAGAUCAAAUCUAUGAUGAAUAUAAAUUGCCUUUGGAAGAAGCUUUAGGAUUCUUAGAUGUUUUCUUGGAAGGAAAUGAGUUUGUAGCAGGCAAACAUUUAACAAUUGCUGACUGCUCGCUAGUAGCAUCCGUUUCAAGCAUAGUGGCGGUAGGUUGGAAUAUAAGUGCAUAUUCUAAUGUUGUUAACUGGAUAUCAAGAUGUGCUUUGGCGAUUCCCGACUAUGAAGAGGUUAAUCAGAAAGGGGCAAAUAUGUAUGGUAAAGCAGUCAGGAGCAAACUUGCACCUGGGCAACUGUAGAAUUAUCUGUUUUUUUUUGCUAUUUAAAACAUUCGUUGACAAAAAAAUCAAUUUACUUCUUACAUAUGUUCAAAUUUAUUUACUUGAAUAAACAAAAACAAGCAUCAAAAA